UAAAUCUUUUAAAUUUCGAGGAAAUUAAAAACUCCCGGGUAUCUAGUAUUUUGGAAUUCGUUCCCGGGUGCCGGGUAUCCAGCACUUCCUCUUUGUGGCAUUAUUUCAAGAAGUCGUCUAAGAUGGCGAACCGCUUUCGGCAAUUUCGCCUUCUCCUUUGGAAGAAUUUCAUYCUACAGAUUCGCAGACCUUUUGGAACUGCAUUCGAAUUACUCGUUCCCCUGGCUAUUGUUUGUGUUCUUAUYAUACCGAAAUUGUUGAAUGGCGACAGUGAUAAGGGGUCAUACGUAUCAUCGAAAACCACAUAUCAGAAUUGUUUUUCAACGUUUAAGCCUAUGCUUCUGUCACAAAACUUGAAGUUGGACAUAUUCCAGUACGGACGGAACAUCAGUCGCAACAACACGUUUUUGGUAUUUUAUCCUCCAGGAGAUGCAGUGGCCUCUGUGAUGUCAAAGGUGUCCAGGACGAUAGCGGUUAAUGUGACUGAUAAAAGUGGGAUAAAUGGCAAACCUUUUACAAGUAUUGAUGAAGUCAUCGCGGAAGUAAGAGAACAUGACGAUGUUUAUGUUGGUGUGGUAGUGUUUGAUAUAAAGGAAGAUCAAUCUGAAUUACCAAAGAACGUGAAGUACACUAUUCGACUAACAACUAAACGUUGGGAAAGAUGGAAUACAGAUCAAACAUAUCCAAGUUGGCAAGACCCAGGACCAAUACUAGAUUCUCAGUAUACAGAUAAGUUUAUACCCAUCCAAUAUGCAGUUGAUAUGGCUAUUAUCCAGGCAAAGACAAACAUUCCAUCCAUAAUACCUUUGAACUUACAGCAAUUUCCGUAUCCUGAUUACACUACGAAUUAUUUUUCUACUGGAAUAAUACAGCUGAUGCCUUUGCUAUUCACUUUGGCAUUUAUCUAUUCAGCUAUGUCAAUAAUAAAGGAAAUUGUUUUUGAGAAGCAAAACCGUUUGAAGGAGUCUAUGAAAAUGAUGGGUCUGGCCAACUGGGUCCAUUGGGCGGCCUGGUACAUCAAAUGUUUAUUGUUCUUAAUGAUCAGUCUUGUUCUUACUACUGCGAUCUUAAAGGGCUUCAAGAUAUUUGAACACACCAAUGGGUUUUUGUUAUUCUUGUUUUUCUUGUUGUAUGCGAUGUCGGGUAUUUCCUACUGCUUCUUCAUCAGUGUGUUUUUUUCCUCACCAUUUCUGGGUAUGUUGUUUGGUUUUGUGUUGUGGUUUGCUGCCUUAGUACCUGGAAUAAUCUUAAGUACAUUCAAUGAGAAGUACGAUCAGCUUUAUUGGAGUGCAAAAGCAGCAAUGUGCCUGCUUCCCAACAGUGCCCUUUCAAUUGGUGUAAGAUUAAUCACACGCUUUGAAGGCUUAAAUGUUGGGAUUACAUUUGAUAGCAUCAAUGAACCAUAUACCCCAGAAGACACAUUUACCAUGGCCUGGGUUUUUGGAAUGAUGUUUAUAUCUAGCGUUGUGUUUAUGGUGCUGACUUGGUAUAUCGAAGCCAUAUUUCCUGGAAAGUAUGGAAUUUCAAAACCAUUCUACUUUCCUUUUUYWAAAUCGUACUGGUGUGGGUACUCUCAUGAUACAAUGGUGGAGAAUAAUGAUGAACAACUUCAUCACAGCCAUGACGUAGAAGAUGAACCCGCUGACCUAGAAGUAGGCAUUGCCAUAAAGAAUCUGAGAAAAGUCUUUAAGGGUUCUACCGGGGCCAAGGUUGCUGUUGAUGGACUCUCUUUGAAGAUGUUCAAAGGCCAAAUCACAGCACUCUUGGGUCAUAAUGGAGCCGGGAAGACAACAACUAUUUCCAUACUCACUGGUCUCUUUCCGCCAACUUCUGGUUCAGCUGUGAUAGGAAAUAAAAGCAUCCUGACAGAAAUCGAUGCUAUACGAGAGAGCCUGGGACUUUGCCCUCAGCAUAACGUGUUGUUUGACCGACUCACCGUCAAAGAGCACUUGGAAUUCUUUGUGAACUUAAAGGGUAAAUAUGGCCAGGCUGCUAAUGACGAGGUGAUAUCCAUGAUUAAAGAUAUGCAGCUUCUUGAUAAAACAAAUGCAAAGUCUCGCACAUUGUCUGGAGGAAUGAAGAGAAAACUCAGCUGUGCCAUUGCCCUUGUAGGGGGGUCCGAAACGGUAUUCCUGGAUGAACCCACAUCAGGAAUGGACCCUUACGCACGAAGAGCCACCUGGGAUUUAUUGUUGAAAUACAAAGCUGGUAAAACUAUUAUCCUCACAACGCAUUUUAUGGACGAGGCUGAUUUCUUAGGAGAUCGCAUUGCUAUUAUGGCUGAUGGUCAAUUGCGAUGCUGUGGAUCUUCUCUCUUUUUGAAGAGCAGGUAUGGCGUUGGUUACCACCUGACAUUGGUCAAAAAGGAAGGCUUCAAUGAGAACAUUGCCAUCAAUGCUAUCAAGCGAGUUGUUCCAUCAGCUGAAAUCCUCAGCAAUGUUGGCGCUGAGUUGGAGUUGGUCCUAAACAGAGAAGCAGCAAAGUCUUUCGAGUCUUUAUUCCUCGACCUGGAAAUGAAGAAAGAAGAAUAUGGGAUUGCCAGCUUUGGAGUGUCUGUCACAACUAUGGAAGAAGUCUUCAUAAAAGUGGGAGAGGGAUCAGAGAAGACGGUCGAAGACAUUGCGAUUGAUCACCAUCAACACAGGGAUACCGACAAUAUAAUUGAGAUGUCAAAUAACGGAGAGCCUAUAAUGGGCGAAUUAUUGAAGGGGCUUCCAUUAAAAUGGCAACAGUACAAAGCAAUGUUAAUGAAAAGGUUUCUCAAUUCCAAACGAGACAAGAAAGCAAUUAUUAUACAAUUACUAGUUCCUCUUGUGCUGAUUCUCUUCGGCUUGCUAAUAGUCAAUAUCAACUUAUCGAGCAAUGAAAAAGAGCCUCCUCGUGUACUCUGUCUGUCCAACCUGAGCACUGAUGACAGCAAUGUGAUUGCAUACUAUGCAGAUUUCCACCAACCUGAAAAGGACUUUAAGGUCGCAAGAGAUUUCCUUAAAACUAUUCGUGUCGAUGCAAAAGACAUCCUUGAUGACGUCAAAGCUAUACAUUUGGGAAACACGAACAACAGCAUUGAAAUCAAAGGAACAAAAUACACCUACACGACGCCCACCAAAAAUAAAACUACAGCCUGCUGUCAAUAUCAGUUUCUCAUCUUAAAUAAAAAAUGCAAACGUGACUUCAUGACCAAAUCACUAACUUCUGAUACAUGCUCUAAGAACAAGAACUUUGGGUACACAAAAUGCAAGGAUCCGCGGCAUCCAUGGAGGUAUAUGGAUUGCUUGCUUUCAGACUGGUGCGCAAAUUCCUUGAAGAAAACAAAUCUCGAUGACAUGAAUGUGUACUUCAGUGAAUAUGUCCUGGAGAAAAGUAACAACAAGGAUUACUUUAAGAAACACGUGGCCGGGUUUACAUUUGGGCAUGCCCAUAACAUCAAGAAUGACCUCACUUCUAAUAACGGAACCAAUACAACCAAAUCUGUUGUUGCCACGCCUGACACAAAUUCUACAGUCUGGUAUAGUAACAAGGGCUAUCAUACAAUCGCUGAUGCACUGAAUGCCAUGUCCAAUAUAUUGUUACGUCGACAUAGAGUUGAUGACUUAAUCGAAACUACUAAUUACCCAAUACCACCAAAGAAAAAGGUAAAUGAUGAGGAUGGCAAUGGGGAUGAAGCUGGUUUACAGAUUUACGUGGCAAUCUUUCUAGCAAUGGGUAUGGGCUUCAUGGCAGCAAGUUUCAUAAUAUUUCUAGUCCAAGAACGUUCUACCAAGGCAAAACAUUUGCAGUUCGUGAGUGGUGUUCAUACAAUCUGUUACUGGUUGGCGACCUACACUUGGGAUUACAUCAAUUAUUUGAUUUCUACCAUUUUUGUUCUAAUACUCAUCGCUGCUUUUCAAAUCGAAGUUGAUCUCGGAACUGUGCUCUUGCUGUUGGUAAGUGUAUAUGUCAAGUUUCUUGUUAGAAUUGCUUCAAAAGAAAAUUCAGAGAACGCAUUGAAUGCUGGCGUGAAUCGUGAUGAGGAUGAAGACGUCCGUGCGGAAAGACAGCGCGUGCUUGGACUUGACAAAGAAGACAUUAAAAUAGAAUCAGUUGUUAUCAAAAAUCUCACCAAGGUAUAUCGUGGAUCAGACAGAACUGCUGUUGAUCAUGUUUGCGUCGGAAUACCAAGAGGGGAAUGCUUUGGACUUCUUGGUGUAAAUGGUGCUGGAAAGACAACGAUUUUUAGUAUGCUGACUGGCGACCAAAGCAUCASUGAAGGCUCAGCCUACGUUGAUGGCUAUAACUURCAAACUCACCUCAGACAGGUGCAGCAACGCAUUGGAUAUUGUCCUCAGGUCAGUAUGAAUCACUAAUACAUAUUGACUUGGAUAUACGGCACCGCGUCACACUAGUUGUAUACGACUGUGAGAACUAAUCGCGGACAAAAUACGAUACACUGGCCUUCAAAUAUUCGCAGUCAUUGACGAGUAAAGUUAUCCUUCAGCAGCAUGAUUGAGAUAAAGAGAAAAUAUACAAAUGUAGCCCGGGCUGCUGUGAUGUAAUAAAUAGAGGAUAUUACAUGGGCGCGCGGGGAUACAGAUUUUAUCGUCGAGGUAUAUCGGUUUCUGAUAAAAUUGCGCUUCGCCGACUUAGAGAGCCAUGAUUGGUUGUUGACGAACAAUGGUUUCUUCGCCUUUUUCCUGUAGAAAUCGAACGAUGUAGAUCCAUCGUUGUUGAUUGUGACAUUGAAGUCGAGCAGAGAAAGGCCAUCUGAAGUCUUCGUCAGAGGCUUUUCGAAAAAUCUAGUGGAUUGUAUAGCGAAACAUGGUCCCCGACGUCUUUUAAAGAAGGAAAUUGUUAAAAUACAAUAUCAAUCGAUUCGUUCAACGUACGAAGUUGAUAAUACUAACAAGAUAAAAUUGCGUAACUCUUCAYUUGACCUUAUAACUGCCACAACACUCAAACAGGGCACAGCUCAACGUGAUUGAGUAAAAAUCUCGAGGGAGUUUCAUUUCAGCCUCCAGUCGACUCAUACCUGAUCGAUGAUAGACCGGUGCUCAUCCACUACUUUGUAUUCAAGAUUCUUUUUUCCAUUUGAUGUAGGACCCAUACCGUUUAUACUAUCAGUUCAUUUUAU